GGAAAAGUAAAAAAAUGGCGACAGAUGGAGUUUGAAGUCUGGAGCUGGAAACGGAGACAGAGAGCGACAAGGACCGAGAGGGACCAGCCGGGACAGACACGGAGACAGGGGGGCGCAGAGACAGAGAACGGUAACGGACAGAGACAACACAGGACACAGCCCGUCCGUUUGUCCCGCUGCGGUCCGGUCCAAGUAACGGAACCAAACCGGACCUGUUUGUCAAACCGGACCAGAGCAGGAUGUUUGAGGACCUGGUGGAGGCCCUCUGUGGUCUGGAGCCCCAGGUGUCUCCAGGAGGCGGGGCCGGGCCAAGGGGGCGGAGUCUGGAGGACAUGGAGGGGAUGGAGUCCAGCCUCACCGUAGGACAGUUCGUCCUCUGUCAUUGGUCGGACGGGCUGUACUACCUGGGAAAGAUCCUGAGGGUGAGCCCCCCUAGACAGAGCUGCUUCAUCACAUUCGAAGACAACUCCAAGUUCUGGGUCCUGUGGAAGGACAUCCAACAUGCGGGCGUGCCAGGGGAGGAGCCUCGCUGCUCGCUGUGCCGAGAGACGGGUCCAAACUGUGACGGCCAGUCAGAUCCAAACAACCAGAUCCUCAUCUGUGGGAAGUGUGGCAUUGGUUUCCAUCAGCAGUGCCAUCUUCCUCCUGUAGAAGGCAGUGUUGGCCUCAGUCCGUGGUUCUGUCGUCGCUGUGUCUUCACUCUGGCCGUCAGGAAAGGGGGCGCUCUGAAGAAGGGUCCAAUAGCCAAAUCCCUGUGCGCCAUGAAGCAGGUUCUGCCGUACGACGUGGACUCUCUGGACUGGGACUCUCAGCACCGGACCAAUCAGCAGCAGUGUUACUGUUACUGUGGAGGCCCCGGAGAGUGGUACCUGAAGAUGCUCCAGUGCUACAGGUGUCAGCAGUGGUUCCACGAGGCAUGUACGCAGUGUCUGCAGGACCACAUGAUGUUUGGAGACAGAUUCUACCUGUUCGUGUGCUCGGUGUGUAAUAAAGGCUCAGAGUACGUCCGCCGUCUGCCCCUACGCUGGGUGGACGUGGUCCACCUCGUUCUCUACAACCUGUCCGUCAGCAGCAAGAAGAAGUACUUUGAACUGGACGAGAUCCUGGCCUUCGUCUCCACCAACUGGGAGCACCUGCAGCUGGGAAAGCUGUCCAACACUCCUCCAGCAGACAGAGGCCAGUACCUGCUGGACGCUCUCAACAAAUACAAGAGCAAGUUUCUUUGUGGGAAGGAGAUAAAGAAGAGGAAGUGCAUCUUCCGUCUGCGGACUCGCGUCCCUCCCAACCCCCCCUCCAAGCUCUUUCCGGAGCGUGCCCAGAAUGACGGUGGGCGGGGCUGCAAGAAGGGCGUGUCCCGGAGCAGCGCUUCAGCAGAGCGGAGGAAGAGGAAGUCCAAGUGGCUUCUGGAAGAUGCCAUUCCCAACAACCAGCUGUCCUGCAGGUGGACGUCCAACCACCACAUGGCCAACAUCUUCGACUUCACCCUGGAUGAACUGCACAGUCUGAAGAGCGUGGACCAGGACUCCACCGACGCCUCCACCUCUGGAUCCGCCACCAGCACCUCCUAUCACUUCAGGCGGAGGGUGGGCAGCAGGAAGAGGAAGUUACCUAGCAACACCUACAACCACUGGGCCAAUCAGAGUGAGGCGGGGGAGGAGCUGGGAGGGGAGGAGCAGUCUGGGAUCCUGGAGGAUCAGGAGGAUGCCUCGGACCACACCCACAUGAAAGUAGACCCUUCCCACUUCCUGGCAGACCCCUCCCAGGUGUCAUCAGACUCCUCCCACCUCCACUCCUCCAUCUCCUCCUACUUUGGAGUGGCGGGCAGACUGACCAAUGGGGAGCGGUAUCAGGUGUUGGCCCGACGCAUCACCCCUCAGGGGACGGUCCAGUACCUGCUGGAGUGGGAGGGGACCACCCCGUAUUAGGACAGGACCAAUCAGAGUCCCGGUGUCCAUGACAACAGCCCACCUGGUGACACCACUUUUAAAUACAGAUGCUUUAAAGGUUAGAUUAGGAUGCAUCAGUGUUGCCAAGCAACAGCGAACCUAUUCAUAAAGCCCCCGUUCAACCCGACAGGGAGCAGGCCACGCCCACCUGUGUCACACCUGUCCUCGGGGGCUCAGGUGAGUGUUGACACAUUGAAGCUGACAGACAGAGUCUCUAAGAAAUUACAUUCACAGAUGUUUUAACGGUUGUUAUUUUCAAUGGGUUUCAUCAGAAUAACAUAAAAAAUAUAUAUUAUAAGAGGAAAGAAACCAUAAUUUAAAGAGUAGGAAUUAUGAUUAUUACAUCAAAACGAGCAAAACUGCAGUAAUGUUAUAAAUGUAAUCAGUGCUUUGGUUUUGUCACAAACAAACAUAGUUUUACAGGAUCUGUGAGUUUUCUCCAACCCAGUGAAACACAGAUUUAAAGGAAUGCGACUUUUCAGAUCCUUCGGAAUUCCUGAGGGGCGGGGCUAUGUGCAGAAGAACACUUGAUUGGCGGAACACACUUGCAGCGUGUGUUUGUUUAUUAUCAGAAUUUGUGUCUCUGUGUGUCUGAACAAUGUCUACACUGAAAAAAAAAAAACAGUACAUGUAGAUGCAUAGUUAACUAAAAAAUAAACUUUAUUAGAAGAAAACAAAGCACAGAGAAAAACGAAUGAUAGAACAUCUGCUUAGAACAAAUAAAAACAAGAAAAGAAAAUUAAAUCCAACAAGUGGUUCCAGGCACAACAAACCCCGCCCCUUGCAUGUAUUCUAUCUUAUUUUGGCAUCGAUCCAGCUGAUGUCAGC